GGCUGCGAUACCGACAACUUAAUAAUACAAAACGGAGACGCUGUUCGUUUCAGAAACACCCCUCUCUGAUCCAAAACUGACAACGAGCUGCAAGCAUGAAAGUCAUUUGCGCAGGACUUUCAAGAACAGGAACUACAUCCAUGGCAAGGGCUUUAGAGAUACUGGGUUUUAAAGUCUACGAUUACAAAGACCAUGCAGAGUUCCAUGGCCAAGAAUGGCUUGCUGUCUACUUGAAAGGCAAAAACCCUGAUUUUGCCUCCAUGUAUAAAGAUGUUGAUGCGGUAACCGACCUUCCACCGGCCUUUUGGUUUCAAGAAAUGUCAGAAUCUUUCCCGGACGCAAAGGUGAUUCUGACUGUUCGAGACAGCGAGGAAGUCUGGCUGAAAAGCUACACAAAAUUAAACGAUACGUUGAGAAAUUUAAACGGGAGUGGAUUCUUUACUAAGCUGUUUAUCAAGAGAUGGUCUCGACACUCCAUGUAUUACAUGCUGGCCGAUGUUGUGGAUACUGCAGCGAUGGGUAGCUUAAAAACAGAGUCUGCCCUUUUGUUUAGGAAAAAAUAUCGCGAGCACAAUGAACGAGUUCAGGCCGUCAUUCCUAAGGAGCGACUUUUGGUGUACAACCUGAAACAAGGCUGGGAACCUUUGUGUAAGUUUCUUGGAUGUGAAAUUCCACAGGAAGACUUUCCUUGGGUGAAUGCAGGACAAAGCCUUCUCUUGGCUCAACUGGCGAAACGAAGACAAGAAUUUGCAAUUAAAUCCUUGUUUAUUAGUUUGUUUGUUAUUCUGCUUGCGAUCUGCUAUAAUAUAUACUUUUGAUUUUCUAGCAUGUAUCCGAACUAUUUUAUAGUAAGGGAUUUCGCCUCUGACAUUAAGAAUGGAGGACGAACUGGUGUUUAAAACAGGACAAGUGUCGGUUUUUACUCAGGUGCCGGGCUGGUUCCCCCGCAGCCGUUUUUGCCUCGGGAGGAGCGUUGCGUGACGAGACAUAAACGACUGCGAGGGGGACUAGUGCCGGGCUUACGCCCGAAAUACUGGUUACUGUUGCGUAACGGUCGAAAUAUCAAAUACCGUAGACUGCGCGCCGCGCCUUGGGCUUACACAUCUUCGUUAUGGGUUUUAGGCAAUAGGAAGGCUUAUAAACGGAGGGGCUUGUAUCCGAGGAGGCUUAUAACCAGAAUAAAAAGCCCUUCGAAACAAGCUGUAGCAAUGCUUAUCAAAAUUCGUUCAGCAUCUACUCGUUAUUAUUAUAAUUAAGCUUCCAUACUUCAUAAUGAUAAAAUCGAAUUCAUACAAUUGGAAAGGGGCUUGUAUCUGGGAGGACGGGGGUAUAAUCGGAUAUAUUUUUUCGUUUACAGAGGGUUCUUAUAAGAGGCAGUUUGCGGUGUUGUGUAGGGAU